UUCCUCCAGUGCAGGACGCACUCUCCGGUAUCUCUCUUGACCUCCCCCAGGCUUUCCUUUGUCGGCGGCGCCGCCACUGUACUAUGGCAUACCUCGUUUUAUUACGCUUCGCAGAUAGGGCUUUCUGAAAACAAAUGGAGGGUUUGUGGCAGCCCUGAGUCCAGCAAUGGUAUCAGCGCCAUUUUUCCAACAGCAUGUGCUCAUUUCGUGUCUCUGUGUUACAUUUUGGUAAUUCUCAAAAUAUUUCAAACUUUUUCAUGAUUUCUGUGUCUGUUAUGGUGAUCUAUGAUCAGUGAUCUUUGAUGUUGCUAUUGUCAUUGUUUUGGGGUGCCACAUACAGCGUCUUUUAUAAGACGUCCAACUUAAUGUUGUGUGUGUUCUGACUGCUCCACCCACAGACUGUUCCCCAUCUCUCUCCCUCUUCUUGGGCCUCCCUAUUACCUGAGACACAACAAUAUUGAGAUUAGGCGAAUUAAUAACUCUGCAAUGGCCUCUAAGUGCUCAAGUGAAAGGAAGAGUCGCACGUCUCUCACUUUAAAUCAAAAACUAGAAAUGAUUAAACUGAGUGAGGAAGGUAUGUCAAAAGCCGAGAUAGGCCGAAGGCUAGGCCUCCUGCGGCAAACAGUUAGCCAAGUUGUAAAUGCAAAGGAAAAGUUCUUGAAGGAAGUUAAAAGUGCUACUCCAAUGAACACACGAAUGAUAAGAAAGCGAAACAGCCUUAUUGCUGAUAUGGAGAAAGUUUUAGUGGUCUGGAUAGAAGAUCAGACCAGCCGCAACAUUCCCUUAAGCCAAAGCCUAAUCCAGAACAAAGCCCUAACUCUCUUCAACUCUAUGAAAGCUGAGAGAGGUGUGGAAGCCGCAGAAGAAAAGUUUGAAGCUAGCAGAGGUUGGUUCAUGAGGUUUAAGGAAAGAAGCCGUUUCCAUAACAUAAAAGCACAAGGUGAAGCAGCAAGUGCUGAUGUAGAAGCUGCAGCAAGUUAUCCAGAAGCUUUAGCUAAGAUAGUUGACGAAGGUGGCUACACUAAACAACAGAUUUUCAAUGUAGAUGAAACAGCCUUCUAUUGGAAGAAGAUGCCAUCUAGGACUUUCAUAGCUAGAGAGGAGAAGUCAGUGCCUGGCUUCAAAGCUUCAAAGGACAGGCUGACUCUCUUGUUAGGGGCUAAUGCAGCUGGUGACUUUAAGUUGAAGCCAAUGCUUAUUUACCAUUCUGAAAAUCCUAGGGCCCUUAAGAAUUAUACUAAAUCUACUCUACCUGUGCUAUAUAAAUGGAACAGCAAAGCCCGGAUGACAGCACAUCUGUUUACAGCAUGGUUUACUGAAUAUUUUAAACCCACUGUUGAGACCUACUGCUCAGAAAAGAAGAUUCCUUUCAAAAUAUUACUGCUCAUUGACAAUGCCCCUAGUCAUCCAAGAGCUCUGAUGGAGAUGUACAAGGAGAUUAAUGUUGUUUUCAUGCCUGCUAACACAACAUCCAUUCUGCAGCCCAUGGAUCAAGGGGUAAUUUCGACCUUCAAGUCUUAUUAUUUGAGAAAUACAUUUCAUAAGGCUUUAGCUGCCAUGGAUAGUGAUGUCUCUGAUGGAUCUGGGCAAAGCAAAUUGAUAACCUUCUGGAAAGGAUUCACCAUUUUAGAUGCCAUUAAAAACAUUCGUGAUUCGUGGGAGGAGGUCAAAAUGUCAACAUUAACAGGAGUUUGGAAGAAGUUGAUUCCCACCCUCAUUGAUGACUAUGAGGGGUUCAAGACUUCAGUGGAGGAAGUAAGUGCAGAUGUGGUGGAAAUAGCAAGAGAACUAGAAUUAGAAGUAGAGCCUGAAGAUGUAACUGAAUUGCUGCAAUCUCAUGAUAAAACUUUAACAGAUGAGGAGUUGUUUCUUAUGGAGGCGCAAAGAAAGUGGUUUCUUGAGAUGGAAUCUACACCUGGUGAAGAUGCUGUGAACAUUGUUGAAAUGACAACAAGGGAUUUAGAAUAUUACAUAAACUUAGUUGAUAAAGCAGCAGCAGGGUUUGAGAGGAUUGACUCCAAUUUUGAAAGAAGCUCUACUGUGGGCAAAAUGCUAUCAAACAGCAUCGCAUGCUACAGAGAAAUCUUUCAUGAAAGGAAGAGUCAACUGAUGCGACAAACUUCACUGAUGUCUUAUUUUAGGAAAUUGCCACAGUCACCCCAACCUUCAGCAGCCACCACCCUGAUCAGUCAGCAGCCGUCAACCUCGAGGCAAGACCCUCCACCAGCAAAAAGGGUACGACUCACCGAAGGCUCAGAUUGAUCAUUAGCAUUUUGUAGCAAUAAAGUAUUUUUAAAUUUA